GAGAGAGACAAAUUCAGACAUAUACAUUAUCGUUUGCUACAUAACCUUUUGAACCAUUCUGUAUUUUGUUUGUUAUUAAAUAAUUUAAUUUAAAUUUGUCAAUCAAUAUAUUUACUGUGAUUAACUGUUUAAAUAUUACAAGUGGAAUGUUGCAUGAAUCGAUACAAAAAGACCCAACCAAUGUAUCAAAACGAAAACCUCGACAAUUAAGAGGUACACCUGCCAAUCGUGUUGGUACAUUACUUAUUGGAGGUGGACUUCUUGCUUUUGUUACACUUGGUGAACUUUUCAUGUAUUCAGAUUUAUCAAAUUCAGUCAAGACAAAAUUUACGAGAAUAUUUACAAAAACACCUGAAGAAAUUGAAAAGAAAAUUAUCAUGCAAGAACAAUUCAUGGCUUCAAUUGCAAUAGCAUUAGAAAAGAAAAAAGCUGGUGAAAUUGAGCCACGUGUUAAUCAAGUUUAAAAGCAACAAAUAUUAUUUAUUCAUUUAGUUAUAAUAAAUCAUUUUAAAAUGUCAAAAACAACAGAGACAAACGAGAAUAGUGAGAUAUUAAAUUCAAAACCACAAUCAAGUAAAACAAAUCAGGAAAGUGAAAAUAAUAAAAAAUUAAUUCGUUCACUAUCACCAGAUGUAGAUGACAGUCUUGCAGAUUUUAAAUCACCAAAUAUAAUAUUAAAAGUACCUCCUAAAAUAAUAAACGUUAAAAAAAAGCCUGGACCUCGUAGUAAGAAGAAAACAACAACAACAGCACCUAAAGAAAGCACAAGUCAACCAUCAAUUGAAUCACAAUUUUUUAAGCAACAAAAUCAAUUUGUUUGUCCACUUUGUUUUAAGACGUUUAAUGAUGCUGAAACUCUAUCAUCACAUGCUAAAACUUGUGCUGUUAAAAAUAAGGUAUCAACACGUAAGUUACUUGCUGCAACUGAAUUACAAGAACGUCAAGCAGCUGAAAGACUUCACAUAGGUUUACCAGCUGGACCAGUUCGUACUGUUAAAAAAAAGAAACCAAAUAUUAAAAAUUUCAUGCCUGAAGGUGAUCCUGAUAUUCAGUUAGCCAAGGCAUUAUCAAUAUCACUACAAGAAAUGGAACAAAUUGAAGAACUAGACAAUGCAGUUGCAAUGGUUGCUGAGCCUGAUGAUAAAUUUAUUGAAAUGAGUAGUUCACUAAGACGAAGUACACUGCAAUCAUUUGGAUUUAAAACAAAUAAACCACAAGCUGAAUUACCACAAGAUAAAAUUAAAAGAAGAAAAAAUUUUGGUCCAACUAUACUUGAAACAAGAACUCAAGAAACAAGAGAAGCAUUAUUAACUGAAAAAAUUGCUGAAAUUAUUGUUGGAGUUGAACAAUCAACACAAGCAAGGUAUGUAGAAUCAAAUCAUCAACCAACAGUGCAUAAAAAAAUUAAAAUUAACAGUAAAUUGUUAAAAAAAUAUCACAAAUCAGAUCAAAAACUUUGGAAUUAUUCCAAGGAGUUGUUAAAAAAUUCUGAGUAUUAUGUAAAUGAACUUGCUGAGUAUAUUCAACCGCUUGAGUCUAAAGAGCAAGAAAUAACAGAUAUAAAUUAUGAAGAAAAUAAUACAAACGUGGCAAUAGAUAAUUUUGAUGAUAAUAGAAUGGAUAUUGAUGAAGCAACUGAAGCUGAAGAUAGUCAUCAUCAAGAAAUAAAAACCACCAAAGUAAAAGACAAUAGCCAAAGUAAUUUAUCUAAUAUUGAAGAAAAUAGUUCAACUGAAAAUAAAUUAACGUCACAAAAAGAAAAUGAAAAUAAUGAUCAAAUAAAAAGUGAUAAAGAAAAAAAAGAUUAUAAUGAUGAUGGCGAUGCUGAUGAUGAGAAUGAUGGUGAGUCUGAUAGUUUAAAAAAUAAUUUUAUGAAUAAUCAAUCAGACAAAGAAUCAUCAGUUGUUGUUGCAUAUGAUUGGUACAAAAUGGUUGGCAGUACAUAUGGAUCUGAUAUUAAAAUACUUUUAAAACAUGAUAAAUAUAUUCCAGCUCAUUCACUUGUAUUUUUGGCACGUUGUUGUAAUAUAUUAAAUGACAUUGUUGACUUUAACAAGCCAUAUGAUCAUUGGAAAAAAAUUAUUAAAUGGCCAACAAUUGACAUAACAGCAGCAACAUAUUUUUUAGAAUAUUUAUACUGUGGAAGAAUUAUUAAGUGUUGUAUUUCCAAUGAAAAUAAUUCAAUUGAUCAACUAAAAUUAUUAGCACAUAAAUACAGUGUUAAAAAAUUAUUUGAAUAUAUAAUAAAAAAAGAAAAAUCUAGUUGUAAAUAUCAUGGUAAAUUAAAACAAGAUGAUAAAAAAAAUAAAACUAUAAAUAAGAUAUCUGAUAAAGCUGAAAUAAAAAUAAAUAAUAAUUCUGAUGAAUCAGCUGAUGUUGAUACCAAAGAUAAAAUUGCUAAGGAUGAAUAUCAAAUUAUUGAUGAUAUUGUUUGGACAGAUGAUUUUGAGCUGGAACAAAAUCAAGAUGUACAAUAUAAAACACCUCUAAGUCGAUUAGAUUUGGAUAAAAAACAAUUGACUUGUUCACCAGAUUUAUUUGAAGACUCUGUGGUUUACGAAAGUGAUGCUACAUCAUCAGUUAUUCAUCAAGAAUCUACAAAAAAAUUUGAUGAAUCAUCAACUAUAAUUAAUGAAAUAACAACACCUAAACUUAUUGAUGAAACUCAAAAUGUUAUACCAGAUGAAUCAAGUACUCAUGAAAUUCUUGAAACUCCAUUACAAUCAAAAUCAUUUACAUGUCGUAGAAAAUUAUCAGAGGUUUAUCCAACAAAAUCUAAGAGUGAUAUGACUCUUUAUAUUGAAAAAAUUAAACGAAUAACUGCAAGGGAUAUUAAUGAUACUGAUACUGAUGGUGACACACCUGUGAGACCAUUAAAACCACCACAUAAAAAUCCAUUUAAAGUUAAAAAAAAUGAAGAUGAAUCAUUUCUUCUUGUUGGAAAAAAAUCAUAUGAUGAUGAUGAUACUCUAAACGCUGAUAAAUCAUUCACCAAAAAAAUAAAAAAAUCUGCUAUCAGUAUGAUUGAGGAUAAGCUUCUUGCUGAUGCUGGUGAACGUUUAGAAAAAGUCCAAGCAUCAAAUGAAAAUAAUAUUGACAUUGGUGAAUUGUCAACUGAAGUUGAAUCAAAUUGUGAUGAUGAUGAGGAUGAGGAUAAUCUUGAAGAAUCAAUGUAUACAAAAUAUCAAAAAAAAACAUUAUCAAAUAGUAUUACUAAUUAUCGUAAUGAUGCAAUAAAAUUCUUGGAAAAUACUGCCGAGAUGACGACUCCACCAAGUGAAUCCAACAGUUUGAAAAAAAGUAGAAAUAAUACUUUUAAUAAAAGUGGUAUACCAGAGACUACAAUAAAUUUGACUGAGCUAUCAGAUUCUGAACCUGAAAAAUCUCAAGAUAUACAACAUCAUUCUGAUAUUCCAAAUGAUCAUCCAGGUAUGGAAGUUGAUAAAGUAUAUUCUCCAGAUAAUAAAUCAUUUCAAAGUUUUCAAGAACCGUCAAAAACCAGUGAGUCAUUGACAGAUAUGCAUACAAUUAAUGACGUUGUAUUUGACAGUUGGAGUGAUGCUUUACCACUGACCCAAUCAAAUUUUAAAAAUAGUCCAGAUAGAAAUAUUUUAACACAACAAAAUUCAGAUUCAAACUCAAGUCAUGAUACUUUAAAAUUAAAUAAUGAUAGUGAUACUGAGCCUAAUUAUUGUUUUACACAAAAAUUAAGUUUAAGUCAAGAAGUUGCAGAUGUAUUUAAAGAUUUAUCACAAAAAACUAAUACAGAUACUAAUUUAAAUGCACAUGGAUUAUCACAGAGUCCAAUAACAUUGUCAUCAUCAUCAGAAACAUCAAAUCUCGAUGAUCUUGAUCGUUUUGAUGAAAUAUUGAAAGAUCUUCCUGAAGCAAAUAAAGAAAAUAAUUUUAGUAAAUCAGGAAAUCCUGAGGGAGGAUUUGAAAUUAGUAAUUUAUUGGAUAGUCCAAUUUUUUCAAAUUCUAAAAAUCAAACUGAUGAAAGUACAACAAAAUUGAUACCAAGUACAAGUAAAAAUAUAACAUUUAGAUCAUCAAGAGUUAUAAAAAAACAUACGUCAUGUAUUUCACAUACUCUUAGUGAUAAUUCAGACGAUGAAAUUCCAAUUGCAUCAUCAACGAGAUGUCAUUCGAGUCUUGCUUCACCAAUUGUAACAAAUACAAGCUCAAGAUUACUAGCUGUUAAAUCAAAAUCUGAUGGCAAUUUUACAAAAAAAUUGUUGCAUAAAAAAAGAGAGUCAAGUGUUUUAAAAAAUAAUAAUUUAUCAAGAUUAACAGAGGUCAUAACACCUCCUCUUGAUUAUGCUAAUAUGACAUCACCAGAGAUUUAUCGUGAACUUCAUAAAUAUGGUUUAAAAAAACAGAAACGACCGAAAGCAAUAAAAUUGUUGACAAAUAUUUAUGAUCAACUUCAUCCAUUUGUGUCUGAUGAUGAUAUACCUGAUACAUCAACAGAUAAUUAUAAUGAUGAUGAGCCACCAAGAAAAAAACAGUGUGUACAAAAUGAAAUUAAUUGUCCUGAUGAUAAUGAUGAUCUUUCACAAGAAAGUUCAUCUUCAAGUUCAUCAAUUGUACCUGAAGAAAUGGACCUGGAUGAAGAUGAUGGUGGACCUUCUACCAUCAGUCAAGGUACUCUUCCGAUUAAAGAAUUAUUUGUUAAAUAUAUUAACAAAAAUAAAGAUGUUAAACGUGACAUACUUAUGUAUACUCCUGUUCCAUUGGAAGAUUUAUACAGAAAACUUAAAGCCGAAGGAUUUAAUGGAAAGCUUAAUGAUUUUAUAGAUUUUCUUGACAGUGAAUCAAUUACAUUUCAAGUUAAAGAAGCUAAAAGAAAUGAUAAAAAAAAAACGACGAAAAAAAAAAAAUGUAUGUGAUUAUGUUAAGAACAUUAAAGCAAAAAACAAAAGCAAUUUUUUGCUAAAAAGAUUUAUAAUAAUGUUUUGUUUAUAAUUAGAAGUUGAUAAUUAAAAAAAAGUAUCUUCUUUUUUUAUUUUUGCAAAAAAGAUUUCAAUUUUGUGUUUUAUAUUUGAAUAAUUUAAAAAUUUAGUUAUUGAAUAAUAAUAAAAUAGUAUUUUUUAUACUCAUCAGUUUAGUACCAUUUAAAAACUUUUGUAGUUAAUUAUUAUUAUGUAAAUAAAUUCAAAUUGAUAAAAUGAGUCUCCUAUUAUAAAAAGAA